UGUCGCCAUGAGCACGUCCACAUCAGCCGCACUUGGAUGGUUAAUAUUCCUCCCUGUGGUCCUGAUGCAGCAGGACACUCAGACAGCCAACUGGUCGGCCCAAAUCGAACUGGAGCUUCAGGAGCAGCCGGACAAGUUGGCCUAUUGCCGGGCCCUCCAGCAAAAGAAUCUGCAAAUAGUGCUCCAAAACACUGGAUGUGCCUCUAUUCUGAACGACCAGCUCGCCGUGACAGGCGAACUGCUACUCGAGACUCAAAAGCGCUGCUGGUCCGGAUGGGUGCUCUCUGGAAGGCGAUGCCGCAAGAUAGCCUGAAUGUGGAGUCUUUAAGGAUAACCAAAUCCUCGAAAGUUUAGGCAAACGAAAAUAAAGAACACAAUGGCAAAUUGCACCCAGAUCCCAGAUUUUUGAGUUGAUUUCAGGCUCUCCACUGCCAUAAAACCCAAGCAUCCAUCAUAUAUUCGUGCUAACCCUAAUCAAGGAAUGGUUCGUUAUGUGUAUAGACGUCAUGUUGGCUUGUCAGGUCGCCUUUGGGCAAAUAACAACAAUGGCCGACGGAUGAAGCUGAAAGAGCGUUGUGAGCCAUUUUUGUUUAUCAACCUUCCGUAUGGAAAAAAGUGUCCAAAGAAGUCAAUCAACUUCCGCUUAGCCGUUGCCUUUUUUUGGCCCGUUUGGCCAGUUAGUCCAAGGAUUCCUUCCUUUAGUGUCUCGCAUGGUUGCCAUCGCCACUAAAACGCCAAAAUACCGAGUGUCAAUCUAAAAACCAGUAACGGAAUGUUGGCGCCCAUGAACACUGGUGUUAUGAGUGGUUUCGUUGUUCAAGUGUGAAAAGCUGAGA